UGGAUUAUUUAUCAAGUUAACAUGUUCAUCAUCAUCAUGGUGGUGUCAUUUUCACCCCUGCUUGUUUGAUGCACCAUUGUUAAAUCAUUCACAAGAUAUAAAGCCAUCCGAUCACUUGAAUCAAUUUCAACUUGAAUCAAGAUAAUUAAAAAUAAACGAGUUUAUAACGAUAUUUUUUUUUUUUUUUUUUUUUUUUACCCGUCACAUUGAUUUAUUUAAUAAUUUUUUUUGAAAAGGACAUAUUUGACAUAAUUAAAAAUAUAUAAAUAAAUAAAAAAAAUAAUGGGAGAAGUUGUUGAUUGUAAUUUUCCUGUUUGGGGAUUAUUGCCUAAAAAAGAGACUGGAGUUAAUCAAUAUUUGAUUAAAUAUCCUGAAUAUGAUGGACGAGGUACGGUUAUUGCAAUUUUUGAUUCUGGUGUUGAUCCUGGUGCUCCUGGUUUACAGGUGACAAGUGAUGGUAAGCCCAAGAUAAUUGCAAGAUUUGACUGCAGUGGAGAUGGUGAUGUUGACACCAGUACAAUUGUCCAAUCAGAAGAAGGAUAUAUAACUGGUUUAACUGGUAGAAAGUUAAAGAUACCUUUUGAUUGGACAAAUCCAAGUGGUGAUUAUCAUAUUGGUGUUAAAGAAGCAUAUCAUCUUUAUCCAUCAAAAUUACGUGAAAAAAUUAUUUCUGAAAAAAAAAAAAAAUAUUGGGAUGAUGGACAUAAAGCUGCACUUGCUGAAGCAACAAGAAAACUUCAGGAAUUUGAAUUAAAAAAUCCAAAUCCAACAAGUAUUCAAGAUAAACUUAUCAAGGAUGAACUUGAAUCAAGAGUUGAUGUACUUCAAAGUGGUGAAAAAAAAUAUCAAGAUGCUGGACCAACAUAUGAUUGUGUUGUAUUUAAUGAUGGUAAAAAUUGGAAAGCAUGUAUUGAUACAUCAGAAGAGGGUAAUUUAGAAAGUGGUAUAUUACUUGGUGAAUAUUCAUUAACACAAGAAUACGCACCAUUGACUCAACAAGAUCAAUUAAAUAUAUCAAUAAAUAUUCAUGAGGAUGGUAAUAUUCUAGAGAUUGUUGGAGUAUGUGCAAGUCAUGGGACACAUGUUGCAUCAAUUGCUGCUGCAAAUUUUCCAGAAAAUAAAGAAUUAAAUGGUGUUGCACCAGGUGCACAAAUAAUAUCAUUGACAAUUGGUGAUAAUAGAAUUGAUCCAAUGGAAACUGGUACAGCAUUAGUACGUGCAAUGAUAUGGAUUAUGAAAAAUAAUAAAAAAGUUGAUGUUAUUAAUAUGUCAUAUGGUGAACAAGCAAAUUGGACAAAUACCGGUAGACUUUAUGAAUUAAUAAAUGAAGUUGUUGAUAAAUACGGUGUAACAUGGGUUGCUGCUGCUGGUAAUUUUGGUCCAGCAUUAUGUACAAUUGGUACACCACCAGAUGUAUCAUCAAUGAAUAUAAUAUCAGUUGGUGCAUAUGUAUCACCAGAUAUGAUGGUUGCUGAAUAUUCCCUACGUGAAAAGCUGCCUGGUAUGCCAUAUACAUGGUCAUCACGUGGUCCAAUGAUUGAUGGUGGUACUGGUAUAACAGUAUGUGCACCUGGUGGUGCAAUAACAAGUGUACCAAAUUUUACAUUACGUCAAAGUCAACUAAUGAAUGGUACAAGUAUGGCAAGUCCACAUGUUGCUGGUGCAAUUGCAUUAUUAAUAUGUGGUUUAAAAUUUAAAAAUUGUAAAUAUUCACCAUACAGUUUAAAACGUGCUAUUGAAAAUUCAGCAUUAUUUAUUGAUACACUUGAUGUAUUUGCACAAGGUUCUGGUUUAUUACAAGUUGAACGUGCAUUUGAAAAUCUUGUUGAAAAUUGUAAUGCGAUUGAACGUGAUGUUAGAUUUACAAUAAAUUGUGGUGUUAAUAAUUCAAAAGGUAUACAUAUACGUUCUGGUAUUAUUGAUAGACCAAAAGAUUUUUCAAUAACAAUUGAACCAGUAUUUAUUGAUACUGAUAAUACAGAUGCAUCAUGUAAAAUAAAUUUUAAUAUACGUUUAUCAUUAGUAUGUGAUGCAUCAUGGGUACAAUUUCCAUCACAUUUUGAAUUAAUGAAUAUGUCAAGAUCAUUUACAGUACGUAUUGAUGCUGUUAAGCUACCAAGUGGUGUACAUACAACAACAAUACGUGCAUAUGAUGUUAAUAAUAUUGAUAAAGGACCAGUAUUUUUAAUACCAAUAACAAUUGUACAACCAAUGAUUAUUGAAAAAACAAUGAAUUUACCAGAUUUUCAUUAUAGCAAAAUAUUAUUUAAACCAAAUACAAUAAAACGUCAUUUUAUAUUAGUUCCUGAUGAUGCAACAUGGGCUGUUAUUAAAAUAAAAAGUAAUGAUAAAGAAAAAACUGGUAGAUUUGCAUUACAAGCAAUACAAUUAAAACCACGUAUGGCAUCACGUACAUUACAAAUAAAUAAAAUGUUAAAUAUAACAUCACAAUCAGAAACAAUACAAGGUUUUAAUGUUGAAGGUGGUUUAAUACUUGAAAUUGUUAUUGCUAAAUAUUGGGCAAAUAUUGGUGAUAUUAAUAUUGAUUAUAGCAUUGAAUUUCAUGGUAUUAAUGUUAUUAAUGGUAAUUUUAUAAUGCAAUCUGGUGAUGGUAUACAUAAAUUAGAAUUACGUAGUUCAUUAAGAAAUGAAGAUAUUGUACCAAGUAUUACAAUGAAAAAUUUGGUACAAAUAUUACGUCCAAUUGAUAAUAAAUUAUUACCACUUGGUAAACGUGAUAUAAUACCACCAGCACGUCAAAUAUAUGAAUUACAAUUAACGUAUACAUUCCAUUUGACAAAAACAUGUGAAAUAACACCAAAUAUAUCAUUGUUAUCUGAUUUAUUAUAUGAAUCAGAAUAUGAAAGUCAAUUAUGGAUGCUUUAUGAUACAAAUAAACAUCUUAUUCAUUGUGGUGAUGCAUUUCCACAUAAAUAUACAAUUAAAAAAUUGGAUAAAGGAGAUUAUACUAUUAAAACACAUAUUAGACAUGAAAAAAAAGAUUUAUUAGAAAAAUUAAAUGACAUGUCAAUAUUAUUAAGUCAAAAAUUAUCAUCACCAAUUAAUCUUGAUGUUUAUGCUCAUCAUUCACAAGCUAUUAUUUAUGGUAAAAAAAUGGUUGCUGCAACUGUACCACCUGGACAUAUUUUACCAGUUUAUAUUGCACCAAUUGCCAAUGAAAACAAUUCUGAUAUUAAGCAAUUAUCAAAAGGACAACCAUUGGGUACAUAUUUAUCUGGUUCAGUGACAUUUUGCAAAGAUGAAGCUAGAAAAAAAGUUGAUUGUUACACAUUCAAGUAUGUAUUAUCAGAGCCAGCUAAAAAAUCACCAGCUGUUAAAACAGAUGAUGAAAAGGUCAGCAAAUGGGAUGAGUAUCAAGACACACUGAGAGAUGUCAAGUGUACUUGGCUAGCAAAAUUAGCUCCAUCAAUAAAAGCAACUGAACAUGCAACAGCAUUAUACAAUGAAUUAAGAACAAGUUAUCCUGAUCAUUUACCAGUUCAUACAGCAAUGUUAACAUCAUUAGAUUCACCAGAAGCAAGACGUUUAUUACCACAUGAUGAUUUAACUGAAAGUGCAAUAACAUUUGCUGAUCAAAUAAUUGAUGUUGCUGAUAAAGUUAUAUCAUCAAUUGAUCAAGAAAAAUUAUUAGCAUAUUAUGGAAUGAAACAUGAUCAAAGAACAGAUGCUACUAAAAUUAAAACAACAAUGGAUAAACAAAAAUUAUUAUUAAUUGAAUCAUUUGUUAAAAAAGGUUGUGCAUAUGCUAGAUUAUAUAUACAUGCUAGAAAACGUGGUGAGACUGAGGCUGCAUUACAUUUAUCAGCUGUUACACAAGCAUGGAAUGAUGUACAAAAAUAUGCUGAAGCAACUGACAACAAGGUAUUAAUAUUGUCAUUGUGGCAUGCACACAUUAAUAAACAUUAUGGUCGUUAUUUAAAAUUACUUUUACGUUAUUAUGAAGACAAACCACUCAGAGAUAUUGAUGAAAAAUUUGCUGAAAUAUCAAGUAUCAUUGGGUGGGAACAUUGGGCAAAACAUAUUACUGGAACAAUACCUACACGUUAUCCCAAGGCAUAUCGACUAUUUUAAAUUUAAAAAUAUAAAAUUAUAAUAUUGUUGCAUUAAAAAAAAUUAAUAACUUACUUAAAAAUUAUAUUGAUGAUUAAAUCAUCUGAUUUAAAUAAUUUUUACACGUAUUCAAUGAGCUCAAAUCUUAAUUGAUAUUUUGUAAGAUGAAAAAUAAAAAAAAGAAAUAAUUAAUUUUGGAAAAUUAAAAUUACUCGAAAAAUUUUUAUAAAUGUGGCGAGAGAAUUUAUUAUUUUGUUUCAAAUUAUGAAAUGAAUUACAAAAAUCAUUGAAGAUUUAUUACUUAAUCAUUGAGUGAAAAAUAAAUAAAUAAAAAAAUUAAAUGUAAUUUGGGUUUUUAAAAAAGAAAAGUGAAAAAAUAAAAAAAACAAAUAAAAUAAUAUAAAAAAAUAGAAAAA